CGUUCACGUGUUGUUUAUCCCCAACCGCGUCAGAUUCCACUAGUUCCCAUGUCCUCCGGGAUUUUUCGUGCGGUUGAGGCGUCGUCGCUCCCGAUGACAUGCAAACUUACCGUGACUACCGAAUAUCGAUUAUUUCUGGUGAAAUACCAGUGAGUGACAAGUAUCCUGCUAUUGACCAUUGGAGUGGAGGACGAGGCUGUGCUCGGCUGCCACUCCUCGGACCUCAUAUGCCUCUCACACGGCAUCAGCUUCCGUACAGCCCCCGCUGCCAGCCUAUCUCAGUUGGCCAAUCUUGCUACAUACCGAGACGGUAAUCUGCAAUGCACAGCGGUGUGGCAGUUGAUGUUUUCAGUAAAGUACUGGUGCAUUAGCAUACGUGCCAAGCUGGCAUCGGUGGAUGCACGUAGCCAUGGUCCCUGUUAUGAGGAUAAUAUCAGUCCCACGGCGCAAUUGUGCCCGCUUGGUGCUCGUUCUGCGCGCAAUGUUUACACUGCACCAGUCUGCGUGGCGCUUCCUUUUUGCUCUUGCUGUGAUUUCGCGGUCUGCGUGGGCGGACUACUACAUUGACGACACCAACGCAACGCUCACCUACUCGUCUGGGCCGAACGCCGCAUGGGGUCCAUUUGCUGCAGGAGCAGAAACCCUUCAACUGCUGUUACCCAAUGGCACAUACCAAACGAUCGAUCCAUUCGUUUGCUAUAAUCACACCUAUCGAUAUGCUGCUUGCUUCUCAACGGACGCUUGCAUUCUCGAAAUGCCUUUUACUGGUUCAGGAAUCACUGUUUUCGUGUAUCAAGCAGGUCCCGUUGGCAUCAAUGCCAGUAUAUCAAUCGACGGGGGUCACAACGAAACCAAUGUGCUCAGUGCACCGCCCGCCCCAAACUACGAGAUUGCCAACGUUUCCAUGUUUGACGUCCAAGAGCUGGCAACAGGCCCUCAUACGCUGUGGAUGACUGUUAACGACCUUUUUGGCUCGUAUAGUGGUAUGAUGUUCGACUAUGCCUACGUUAACGAGACCGUUGUAUCCGCCGCAGAGGCAUCUGCUGCUGCGACUACCACAAGUUCAACAAGCUCUCUACCCUCGAGUUCGAUAAGUUCCACAGCAACUGCUAAUCCUACUGGUUCGGCAUCCAAUUCACACAGCAUUAACGUUGGGGCCAUCGUCGGUGGUGUUCUUGGUGGCGUUGCGAUUAUAACAUUUGGCGUGAUCACUACCCUAUGUCUGCGACGCAGAAAGCGUUCCGAUCAGGUCAACUUCCCCGAAGGAGAUGUACAGCCAUAUAAUCCACACACUCUAUACGAUCCUCCAAUCUCCGAAGUACAGACAUCAUACAACCCGAGUACGGGUCCUUCCUCGACGUAUUAUGCCGGCCCUCUAUCUUCUACCUCCACACCACUCACUCCCAAUCGCCGCCACCCAUUGGCCGAUACCAGCGCCGACUUCACACCACACCCUCUGACGUUCCCAAAUCCACCACUCUCUCAGACCGCAAGUAGUUCUUCCCUUGGGCGAGAUCGUAAGACACAGUUCGUGUGGUCCAACCCACCAUUGAGACAGCCGUCGCCAGACGAUGGCCGAGUCGUUGAAAACUCAGCUCAAGAGCUCCCGCCAUCACUCACAGAUGAACAGGCCGACUUUAUCACCGGCUUGUAUAAUAACAAUAUUCCUGCCCCGGUCGUCGCUCGUGUAUUGCAGCGCAUGCUGGUCGAUCGACAAGCUGGCAUCAGAGAGUGGGAAAGCGAACUUGGGCUGACAAGAUCACAUAGCAUUGCUACGACGGCACCACCAAGUUACGACGCCGCUAAUCGAAUAUAGGGUUUAGGUUUUCUAGUUUCUCUUGUAAAUUAGAUACCCAGGAUAUGUUUCAGGUUGCCUUCAUCAAACCUGAUUCGCAAGACGAGUUAGGAAGGAACGUCUUGUCAUAUUUACAUCUUCCGAAACGCAAUCUUUUCCAUCGAGUCUCAAGUCUAGCAAGUUGU